GGAUUUGUUCUAGACCCCCUCCUCCUACCUAAUUAGAAAGUGGAUAGCUGUAUCGAGAAGAGAGGUGGGAUUCUAUCAUCGAUAUGCAUCCAGGAAGGGUGAUUCAGGAUUCGGAUGAUGAAGAUGAUGCUCUGUCUGAUGUCGCGACGUCGAUUGAUCCGUUACAGGAGCAGGAGCAGGAGCAGCAUGAUGAUGACUAUGGCAAUGCCGAGGGUCAGGCGGAGGAGCAUGAAGAGCGACAUUCCGAGAAAGAGGUGGAAUAUACUACAGAGCGUGCUAUUACUGGAUCGCAGCUCGGUGUCAAUUUUGAUGAUUUUCUACAAUCUCAGCCUCAGACGACGACUGGUCUUUCAUCUUCCCAGCAGAGGAGGGAGGAAAGAUGGAUUCCGACAGAGAGUGGUAAUGAGUCUAUUGGUGCUACGAUGAGCGAAAUCGGUCGCGCUCAGAGGUUGCUAGUUGAUGAUGUGACGCCUCUCAAUUAUCCACUGCUUCCCUCGAUGGACCAGUCGGCAGAUCCACUGCUGUGUACAUAUCAGUCUUCUGAUGGAGCUGGCGGGGUGAAACGUCCACAGUCUGUGGUUGAUGCCGUGAGUGGAGAAGAUCAGGAUACGGGAUACUGGUCAGAGCAACAAGCGAAGAGAUGCAAGAUCUCGGAACACGGAAAUGGCGAAGAUGAGGUCGUGGAGUUGCCUCAAAAGGGCAAUGAACAUCAGCUGCAGGACCUUCUGCAGCAAUCAGCAGCUAUGGAUGAGCAGUCCCACAGCCACCCUGGGCCGGACGAUCCAGAGAAGAAGACCAGCACAAACGACAACGAGGCGUCUGUUACGGCCUCAUACAACUACUUCGACUCGUCACUGAAGCUGAGAGAGUAUACGGAAGUUAGCACUGUGCCUAUUGCUAGCCCAGGAGAGGAACGCGAUGAGCUAGUGGAGACCAUUCGUCGAACGCCUGGCCGAUCGAAGUCGAUGCAGAUGCCCCCCGUGGACUCGCCUCACGACACUGAACCCUUUUCCUCAUUGAUAUCUCCGCAUGUAAAGCGGGCAAAAAGUGACAUGCCAGUGAAAGGUGUAUCCCCGAAAGCGUCGAUAGACACGCCAGACGAACUGUCUCUCCCCGUUACGGUGGAAGCCCCGUUGGCUCAAAAGAAGAAACGAGGAAGGAAGAAGAAGCAGCUGGCAGAGGAUGGCACUGAUGGGGAGCCAGACGAGCUUAACGCCGAUGCCACACAUGGAAUCCCUGACGAACCGAAGAAACGCGGACGCGGCAGGCCUAGAAAAAUACAAGUCGAAGGCGUGCAAUCACCUAAACCCCAAUUCGACGAAGAUCUUGUCAUGGCUGUUGCACAAGAGACCAUUGCAGACCCGGAUCAACCUAACAAGUUCGAGGAAGACUCUAGGUUCGUUAUGCACGAUGAAAAACCAGACUAUGACACCUUUGAUCCUGCAAAAGCAGACGUAGGACUGCCACAAGAACAAUAUAUACCUCGACCAAGUCGUUCACGAGCUCAACCAAUUGAAAAUUAUGAAUCUCCCGAUUCGAUAUCGGGACUAUCCAUAGAGAAGACCAAGAAGAGGAAGAUCAAGCGGGGCAAAACCACUUCGAUCAUGAUCAAGAAAUCCUACGAGUCAGACGUCGAAGACGACGUGAUAUGGAUUGACGAGAAGCCCGCGAAGGAGCCCUUCAAAGCCAAGGAAGAGACAGUAGCAGCAGUGGCACAAAGGCCUGAUACCGUUGCUAACGACUUCGCGGAAGACAAUCAGUGCGACAUCAAGGACAUAAAGCCCACUGACGCAAUUGAAGAUCCAACUAAACAAGAAGCCAUCGACCCAGCUCGUUCCGAUGAACCUCCUGGUCCGAAGAAGCGCGGACGCAAGAGAAAGAAGACCGCAGAACUCGUGAUCGCAGAUCCUCCAGCUCAACAAGAUAUCUCUGAAGACGCAGAGACCGACGAACACACUACUCCUCAAAACAUCCCAAACAAUAUUAACCCCCCAAUCACCACCGAGGAGGGACAAUCAACCACUCACGAGGAUACAAUCCAAAAACCAGCCGAACCUCACGACAUAACACCAGAACCCGAGAUUCCAACUCCCAAAACGCCAACCGCAAAGCCCCACGAUCCGACCGCCUGUACGUCUCAGAACACGAAGACGAAAGGCCCCGAUAAACAUAGCCCGAUCACUUCCACAAGCAAGGUCCCAUACCGCGUAGGUCUGAGUCGUAGAGCGCGAAUCGCACCACUGUUGAAAAUAGUGAGGAAGUGAUGGGCGUGAAUGUGUGUACUGAAACCGCCUAUUGCGAAAUGGGAGAUGACAUCGCCUUAUGUGCUUCUUCUUCUUCUCCUUCUCUGACUGUUCUUUUUAUUCCUAGCGCCAUAUUAUGGCUUUAUGAUUUCUGAUACUCGAGAUAUGAUACAUGUACAUGCAUAUAUACCCAUGGAGCACAAAUGAUGUCUGGUUGUUCACAGACAUGGUUGAGAGGAUAUCUAUGUAUUAUCAAUUCUAUAAAUAAUAGGAAUAAAUAGUCACUAUUACAGAC